GCGUCAAUUAGUGACCUUCAAUUCAACGCAAGUGAAGCCACAAAACCAACCCACGCAAGCAGAAGAAAAAAUGGAUAGAUUUGGCAACAACGCGAGACUAAAAUCGAGGUGACGAAAAUGGUCCGCAGGAAACUUGCAAUAGAGGCGCCGGAACCGCGGGUUUCUCGAAAGCGGGAGCUGCCCAACGAUCCGUACGAAGUGCCCGACGAAGCAGACACUCCCAAGCGCCGCCGGCGGCGUUUGGAGCCGAAGAGCACUGUGCAUUCUGGGAUUAAUGGCGAGAUAGACUGGGAUAACGAUGAUGUUGGGGAGAGAAGUGCUGUGGUCCAGGAGAGCCCCACCAAGCGGCGAGGGCGCCCUCCGAAAUCUGCGGCCACUGCGACACCGAAUGGGCAGACAGCAACACCUUCGACCAGGGGCCAAAGGAUAUUCGCUGAAACCCCACUGAAACCGAGACCCGAUGGCAUCGACACUCCCAGCAGACGGACCAUUGCUGACAGGUCGGCCCGGAAGAAGAGCGCGAGGGCUCUCAUCGACCGCGUGAUAGGCGGGGCUGUCAGCGACGACGAGGUGGAGGAGGAUAUUGCGCGUGAGAUCUACGAGUCGAGCGCAAAUGAAGAGGAGGAUGCAGAAGAAGACGAGCAAGGAGACCAGGAUGAAGGCCAGCAUCCCACAACGCCGUCAAAGUCUCCAGGAAGGAAACGCAGGGCGCAUCCCCGGAAGCGGUCACCCACCCCUCCUCGUGAAUUGCCUCCACAUGAGCAGUACUUCUACCAGAACAAACCCGGCCUAGCCAAGACAUCCAACAACACCCUAUCGACCCUGGAUCUCCUCACCCAUGACGAGUACUUUUCGGUCCUCCGCCAACUUCAAGAUCCGCACGCCGCAGACGUCGACUUCCUCCAGUCGCUGCAUGCCCAGUCUUUCCCGCAAUGGGCCUUCGAGCUCUCGCAAGGCUUCAGCACCUGCCUUUACGGCUACGGCUCCAAGCGCCGCCUGCUCCACAACUUCGCGACGUAUCUCUCCUCCCAGCAUCCAACCCACCGAAUCGUCAUCAUUAACGGUUAUGUCCGGACCCUCACGGCUCGCGACAUCCUCUCCACCCUGGCCACGGCUCUCCCUUCCUCCCCUGCAAGCAGCAACAGCACGAACAGUGGAGGGGGAGGAGCCCCUCAUCCUUCCAGCACCGUCGGCGCCCUCCUCACCCAUCUCUCUUCCACCCCCAUCACCCUCACCAUCUUGAUCAACUCCAUCGACGGGCCUCCCUUGCGCAAACCCGCCCUCCAAUCCCUCCUCUCGCACCUCGCCGCGCACCCACAGAUCCGCCUCGCCUGCACGGCCGACACGCCCGAUUUCCCCCUCCUCUGGGACGCCGGCCAGCGCGCCGCCUUCAACUUCCUCUUCCACGACUGCACCACCUUCGCCGCCUUCGCGCCCUGCGAGCUGGAGGUCGUCGACGAGGUGCACGAGCUGCUCGGCCGCCGGGCGCGCCGCGCGGGCGGGAAGGAGGGCGUCGUCUUCGUGCUGCGCAGCCUCCCCGAGAACGCGCGGGCGCUGUUUCGACUGCUGGCGGGGGAGGUGCUGGUUGCGAUGGACGAGCAGGGCGGAGCAGCAGCAGCGGCAGGAGGGGAGGAGGUGGGUGUGGAGUACCGGAUGGUGUAUAACCGGGCGGUGGAGGAAUUUAUCUGCAGCUCCGAGAUGGCGUUCCGGACGCUGCUGAAAGAGUAAGUCUCAAGAGCCCUUGUCCAUAACAACCCCAAAGGAAAUCAGGAUGUGAAAAAGGGCCUGGUGCUCACACAGAUGGACAUGCAGAUUCCACGAUCACCAGAUCAUCGCCAGCCACAAAGAUUCAAUUGGCACUGAGCUGCUCAGUCUCCCCUUUAGGAAAGAGGAGCUG